AUGGGUAAGAAGAGUCGUUCAACAUCUCAAAAGUCUACACCUGUGGGUACUCCCACCAAGGUAACAUCUAAGGAAAAGACAGGGGCUAAAGCUUCACCGAAGACUGCACCUGCCAAGUCCUCUGAGAAGACAUCUCCAAAGGCAUCUCCAAAGGCAUCUCCAAAGACUGCUCCAAAGGCCUCUCCUAAGGCUGCUCCAAAGGCAUCGCCAAAGGGUUCUCCAAAGGCUGCUCCAAAGUCUUCUCCAAAGACUGCUCCUAAGUCUUCUCCAAAAGGAUCUCCAAAGGCUUCUCCAAAAGGAUCUCCAAAGGCCUCUAAAGUUGCCUCUAAGGAGCAGAACUUCAAGUCUAGAAUUGUUCAUGCCUUAGAACAACUAAAGAAAUAUGAAGAAAGAAAGAACGAAGGUGGUGAUGAGAAUAAUUUGCUUGGUGGUGACGAAGAAUUGGGCAAAUAUAUUCAAUUGAUAGCCGUUAACAAUACUUCAUUUACCGGUACUAAAAAAGACUUCAAACCAAAAUUGCUUGAUAUUAAGCAUUCUUUGUUUGCAGCAUGGAAGAAGGCAAGUGUUACCAUGGUUAAGGAUUUCAAGAUUCUUUUGAUCUUGAAAGAUUCAGAUGCCGGUAGCAUUGAAGCUGAACAAGUUGUGGAAGGUUUGCAGGAUACACCAGAAUUAGAGAUCAUUGCUGCCAAGGAAUUGAAAACCGUUCAUAAAGCAUAUGAAGCGAGAAGAGCUUUCUUGUCAGAAUUUUCACUAAUUUUAGCAGAUGAUAGCGUUAUUACUACUUUACCAAAACUUUUGGGUGGUAAGGCAUACAAUAAGUUGGAGACAACACCAAUUCCUAUCAAGACUCAUUUAAACGGUGAGUUGUCCUUGAAAACCAUUAAGAACAAAUUCGAAAAAAUCUACCAAAGUAAAUUACCUGUAAUUUUACCUCGUGGUACUACAAUGAAUGUACAUCUAGGUCACUUUGACUGGUUAUCCACUGAAGAAUUGGCUGAUAACGCUGAAUCCAUCAUUGGACAACUAAAGGAGAAAUACUCAAUUAGAUCAGUUUUCAUCAAGUCUACAGACUCACCAGCUAUACCGCUAUAUUAUAACCAAGAUGUUAUUGAUGAAAUAGCAAAGGGUAAGGAUGAAUUGAAAAAGGAGAAGAGUGAAUCUGAACCAUUCAAAGAAAUUGAAAUUGAUGGUGUUAAAGUUACUCUAUCUCAAUUUGACAGCGCAUUGGCAGAAGUUGCUAAUCCUGAAGAAUUAAAAUCUAUCUUCCGCCACAAGCUUAAGAGAUCCCAACCAGAUGAAGAGGAAGACCAAGAAAAUAAGGAACAAGAAUCUAGUUCUGCACCAAAGGCCAAAAAGGCAAAGGCUUAA